AUGAGAGCAGCACAAGCAGCUGCAGCGGCGGCGGCAGCAAGGCUAGGCUUAAAAGAGCAGCCCGGACAGGCAGCAAGCGUGAAUGGUACAAGGAGAAGCCUCCAUCUUGGGCUUCCACUAGCAGCAGAUAAGCCCAGCCAGGCCAGCCGGGUAGUGCUGCCUUGCUCCGUGGAGGAGUAUCAGGUGGGCCAGUUGUUCUCCGUGGCCGAGGCCAGCAAGAACAACACCGGUGGAGGUGAAGGAAUCGAGGUCCUCAAAAAUGAGCCCUACGAACGUGAAGGGGAGCGGGGACAGUACACCCACAAGAUCUACCACCUCCAGAGCAAAGUUCCAGGAUUCAUUAAGAUGUUUGCCCCUGAAGGGUCGCUAGUUGUCCACGAGAGAGCUUGGAAUGCCUACCCCUAUUGCCGAACUGUUAUUACGAAUGAAUAUAUGAAGGAUGAUUUCUUCAUCAAAAUUGAAACGUGGCACAAACCUGACCUAGGUGACCAAGACAAUGUCCAUGGGCUUGAUGUGGAGACCUGGAAAGACGUUGAGGUCGUCCACAUAGACAUUGCUGACCGGACGCAGGUGUCAGACCAGGAUUACAAACCAGAUGAAGACCCAGCUAUUUUCAAAUCAAUGAAGACAAACAGAGGGCCUCUUGGUCCAGACUGGAAACGGGAACUAGCUAAUAAUGAAGAUUGCCCUCACAUGUGUGCCUACAAACUUGUGACAGUGAAGUUCCGUUGGUGGGGCCUUCAAGGUCGAGUGGAAAAAUUUAUCCAGAAGCAAGAAAGACGGCUCUUUACCAACUUCCACAGGCAGCUCUUUUGCUGGUUGGAUAAGUGGGUGGAUUUAAGCAUGGCCGACAUCCGACGGAUGGAGGAGGAGACUCAGAGGGAACUUGACGAGAUGCGACAGAAAGGCUCUGUGAGAGGGAUGACAGCUGGGGAUGAAUGAACGCCCCCUCCUGCCUGGGCCAAGAAGUGACAAGGUGCGGUGCCCUUUCCGAUCUGAGCCUGGACCUCUCUUUUUGGGAUUCCACUGUCAUCCCAUCCACCCCACCCCAUCACCUGGGAGGGGAAAGAUGGUCUCCCAUUUUCUUUCCAUCCCACCGGUUUGAAAAUACUUCAAAAAAAACCCCCUCUGCUUCUACCAGCAUGGGGGGAUUCCCUUUGAACUGCUGCUCUCCCUGCCUUUUUUUUUUUUUACUGAUCGUGCAUUAAUAAGUUCUUCUCCUCCUCCCUUCUCUGCGCACAACUUGUGGCUGUAUGAAAGAGGAUGGCAGCAAGGACCUUUCCUAGUAGGGGUGGGGGAGCGUUGACAGGGGUGCAUGACUACAAUAACAUUGUAACAUUAAUAUUAAUAUUCUUUAGAAUCAUGUUUCCAUUGAGGGACAAGGUCAGGAAUGAUUAAACUUGGAGAAGGGGGUGGGGGAAGAGGGGUCGUUGGGGAAGAGCAAGUUAAGAUUUUUAUUUUAGGAGUAGAGUUUUUGCCUUCACCGUGGUGGAGGAUUAGAGCGGCCUGUCCAAGGGAUGGGUGUUAACCAGUACCUAAAGCUAUGUUCCACUCACGAGUGGGGAAUUGCAGCAGCAGCGGUUUUCUCCACGGCCUUUUCCUCAGCUGCCCUGUGGAGUUGACAUAUGCCUUUGACCUGCCUCAGUUUACCAAUGGUUCUCUUCCCCCCCCCCCCU